CAGGCCGCCGGCGGGAGGAGGGCCGCCUCCCGGGCGCCUGGGGCACACAACAUCUGCCGCCUCCUCACCCGCAGGGCCCACGGCUUUUAUGCCAGAGAUGCUGGUGUCACCCACAGAAAAAACCUGGGACUCCUCAGAAAGAUAAUAUGUCAGGAAAGUACUAAAUUCAAGAAUGUUUGGACAACUCAUUCUGCAUCUCCUAUUGCGUAUGAAAGAGGAAGAAUUUACUUAGACAAUUACCAGUGCUGUAUUAGCAGCAUUGCACAAGAGCCAAGAAUACUUUAUCAAAAGCCAAAGUGUUCUAAGUCAGAAAAAAUAGAAGAUGCUUUAUUGUUGGAAAGCCCACUGGGGGAAAUGCUACCAAGUCCAUCAGACUAUAAAUCUUCCCUGAUAGUCUUGACAGUGCAGAACUGGCUUCUACGUCUCUCUGCUGAUAGUGGAGAAGUACUGGAAAAAAUAUACCUUGCUGGUUCCUGUUGCAAAUUCAGGUAUCUGAGCUGGGAUACUCCUCAAGAGGUAAUGGUUGUAAAGUCAGCUCAGAAUAAGCUCCCUGCAGCAGCACGGCAGGCAGGUAUCCAACAGUCUGUUUUGUUCUAUCUUGCUGUAUUCCAAGUUUUGCCUCUUUCAUUCGUUGGAAUGCUAGAAGUAAACAAAAAGGUAUUUGGUAGUAGUGUGACAGAUGUUGCUGUUUCUAAUGGAAUCCUCAUUGUAAUGUAUAGCAUGGGUCUGGUCAGGCUCUAUAACUUUCAGGCCAUCUUGGAAAAGUUCAUGGAACAGCCAUUUCAUUUGGGACGUGAAUUCAACUGGAAUGGUCAAGUGGGAGUUGUAGGAAAGUAUCCAUUUGGUCUUCCAUGUAACAUUAAAAUAACAGAUACCCCACCUUUGCUAUUUGAAGCAUCUUCUCUGGAGAAUGCCUUUCAAAUUGGAGGUUACCCUUGGCAUUAUAUCAUCACACCUAACAAGAAAAAACAUAAAGGAGUCUUCCAUAUUUGUUCUCUGAAAGACAAUGCUUUGGCAAAAAAUGGCAUACAGGAUAUGAAAUGCUGUUCACUGGAACCUGACUGGAUAUAUUUCCAUCCAGAUAUGUCAGGUAGAAUAAUCCACGUGGGACCAAAUUUGAUAAAAGUCUUGAAGCUUAAGGAAGUUAAAAAUAAUACAGAUCAAAUGGAGAUUGCCGAAGAUUUUACUAUUGUGGCCAGCAGAGAAAACUGUGUGAGCAAUGCUGUUACUGUAACAGCUUCUGGUCGAGUGGUGAAAAAGCGUUUUAACUUGCUGGAUGAUGACCCAGAACAAGAGACAUUCAAAAUUGUGGACUAUGAAGAUGAAUUGGAUUUGUUAUCCGCUGUGGCCGUUACUGAAAUAGGAGCUGAUGGAAGAGCUCAUCUUGACUUUCAUUGUAAUGAACAUGGGAUGCUACUUAAGAGUAUUCCAUUACUGGAGUCCUGGGAUGUGACUUACAGUCAUGAAGUUUACUUUGACAAAGACCUUGUAUUACAUAUAGAACAGAAGCCUAACAGGAGGUUCAGUUGUUACGUUUACCAAAUGGUCUGUGAUACUGCAAAAGAUGAUGAAUGUUCAAGCCAUGAAAAAGCAGAA